ACCUUUUCCCUCUCAAUUCCCACAAUCCUCAACUGAGGUUCAUUCCCUCCCCUCUGACUUUCACCCAUCUUCAACCUAUAUAACCGCUCCCCAUGUCCCCUUCUUCCUCACCAGCAGAGAUUCCGAAUUCGAUCCCUCCCUUUCGAGACUCCGUCCCCCCCCACCCGCCAUCACCCGAAGACAUCACACGAUGAGCAGCUCAGAGGAGAGCCCCGGCGCACCCCACAGGAAGUACAGCGGAGUCCGCUGCAGGAAGUGGGGCAAGUGGGUGUCGGAGAUUCGUGUCCCCGGUACACAGGAGCGGCUCUGGCUAGGCUCCUACUCCACCCCUGAGGGCGCUGCUAUGGCUCACGACAUUGCCUACUACUGCCUCCGCCAGCCAACUUCCCUCGACAAGCUCAACUUCCCAUCGCUCCUGCCCCCUGGCCUGAGGGGGGACCUGUCUCCGGGAUCUGUCCAGAAGGCUGCCUCUGAUGCCGGCAUGGCGAUCGAUGCCCAGUUCAUAUCGCAGAGGGUGGCUGAAGAAGGAUCGAGGUCCGGGAAUUACAGCAGGAACAGCAGUUUUGGGAAUAGCGGGGAUGAAGGUUUCAGGACUUCAGAAGAAAGAGAUCAUAGCCAUCAGUAUUACUCUACAGGAGGAGGAGGAGGAGGAGGAGAAGGAGGAGAGGGUCAUCUCAGCAUUUCAGUUGAAGACUAUAACUAUAGCUGACUCUAGUUGUGUACAUGUACAUAUACAUAUAUAGAUGAUGCUAAAUUGAGUUAAACUAGAAAUAAUAUUGCUUGGAUGUAAGGGAUAUGGAGAGAAGGGGAUGGAAGGGAAAUUUACAUCGAGUGUUUUUUUCCGUCCGACCAUAGGUUGACGGAGGGUAAGUUCUAUAUAUGUCGGUGGCAUGGACAUAGAGGCGUCCAUAUGGCGAAGGGGCCAUUUAUUGAAGCAGCUGACUACAAACAUGCACAUCACGGUCUUUUUAAUGGUACCUAACAUACACAGCAAUCUAACUUACAUUAUUGUUGU